UUUCGGUCCAGCGGGGCUGCGGCCAUUGUUUGUGUAGACCGACUAUUUUGGCCGGUCCCGUCCCCCUCAGAGGCUCCAUAAGUGACGCGGACUCUCGGGAGCACCGAGCCAGAAGCGGACAAGGGCGGGGAGAGCUGUGGCUGAAGAAAGAGUGGCAGAAAAGGGAGGGUGAGGGGCCGAGAAUUGGCUCCGGCUUAGAAAUCCCGAAGACACCAGUGUAGCUCAGACUCCUCAAAACUCCACCCUUGCCCAAAAGAGAAGCAUAAACGAGGAAGGAAUGCUCACUCUUUUCCUCAUAGACUGAUCCCAGAUCUCUUCUUCCUGGAAAACCUGAUCUUUGACCAGAUGGCAGUAACAUUUGAAGAUGUGACUGUUAUUUUUACUUGGGAGGAGUGGAAAUUCCUAGAUUCUUCUCAAAAAAAGCUCUACAGAGAGGUCAUGUGGGAGAACUACACAAAUGUCAUGUCAGUAGGAAACUGGAAAGAGAGCUACAAACCCCAAGAAGAAGGAUUCAGAUAUUUAGAACAUGAAAAUCUUCCCUGCUGGCAAGCCUGGAGGAAUGCCAGUGCUCAGACAUAUGAGAAUAGAAACUAUGUGGAAACUGUCCAAGGAACAGAUUCCAAAGACCUAAAGCAACGAGAUCUUUCCCACCAUCCAGAAUGGUUAAUACUCUCCACCCAAGUACCAAGAUAUGGGAACUAUGAAAUGACUUUUGAAGGUAAAAGUCCCAGGAACUUAAAAUAUACAAAGUUUAUACCUUGGCAGUCCUUCGAAACAAAACAUACCCCUCGACAGUAUGCUAGAGAAAUCAAUGUGAAUGAUUCACACGGUUUUCAAGGAAGCAGAUGCCCUCUUGGCAUAUCUAGGAAAAAUCUCUCUCUGGAAAAAGAACAGAAGCUUAUAGUUCAACAUUCUUAUGUCCCAACAGUAGAAACCCUUCCGGAGUACACUGGGGAGCUAUGUCAACAUGACCUACUGAAAAACUCUAUGGAAGAGGAAUACUGUGGAUGUAAUAAAUGUAAAGAAAUUUAUUAUUGGAACUCACAGUGUGUUCUCCACAAGAGAAAUCAACGUGGAGAAAAGUUCUAUCAGUGCUCUAUUAGCACAGCAUGCUUCUCUCAGAGAUCAGACCUAUACAGACAUACAAGAAUUCACAUAGGUAAGAAGCUGUAUGGAUGUGAUGAAGUUGAUGGUAACUUCAGUCAAAGCUUAGGUGUUCACUUUCAUCAGAGAGUCUGCACAGGGGAGGUUUCUUAUAUAUGCCACGUGUGUGGUAAGAGCUUCAGUCAGAUCUCUAGUCUUCACAAUCAUCAAAGAGUGCAUACAGAAGAGAAACUCUAUAAAUUUGAGUGUAAUAAGGACCUCAGUAGAAAUUCAUUACUUCACAUUCACCAGAGACUUCACAUAGGAGAGAAGCCUUUUAAGUGUGAUCAGUGUGGUAAGAGUUUUAGUCGGAGUUCAGUACUUCAUGUUCAUCAGAGAGUCCACACAGGAGAGAAACCAUAUAAGUGUGAUGAGUGUGGCAAGGGCUUCAGUCAGAGCUCAAAUCUUCGAAUUCAUCAGUUAGUCCACACGGGAGAGAAGUCCUAUAAAUGUGAUGACUGUGGUAAGGGCUUUACCCAGCGCUCAAAUCUCCAAAUUCAUCAAAGAGUACAUACAGGAGAGAAGCCUUAUAAAUGUGACGACUGUGGGAAGGACUUUAGUCACAGCUCUGAUCUUCGUAUUCAUCAGAGGGUCCAUACUGGGGAAAAACCCUAUACUUGUCAUGAAUGUGGGAAGGGCUUCAGCAAGAGUUCGAAGCUUCAUACUCAUCAAAGAGUACAUACUGGAGAGAAACCCUAUAAAUGUGAACAGUGUGGUAAGGGAUUCAGUCAGCGUUCACAUCUUCUCAUUCAUCAGAGAGUCCACACAGGAGAGAAACCCUAUAAAUGUGAUGACUGUGGAAAGGGAUUUAGUCACAGCUCUAAUCUUCACAUUCAUCAGAGGGUCCACACAGGAGAGAAGCCUUAUCAAUGCACGAAGUGUGGCAAGGGUUUCAGUCAUAGCUCAGCUCUUCGAAUUCAUCAAAGAGUCCACGCAGAGAAACCUCUUAAGUGCCAUGAGUAUUAUAAGGGAUUUGAUCAGAAUUCACAUCUUCACAAUAAUCACACAUGAGAAACCUUAUAAUUACAUUUAGGUAACCGCUUUAAUCAAAGCUUAACAUUAUCCCCAAUAAAUCCUACUGGGAAGAAAAUUCUAUAAAUUACCCAAAUAAUCCCAAGCAACAUUUAUAGUUUCCCUCACCCCCCACUAAGAAUCAUUUGCUUCAAGAAGAAAUCCUUAGGGGGAUGCCUAUAUAUUCAAAAUGAAAGUGUAUUUACUUUUUCUAUUAUAUCAUACAUAUCCAUUAUAAAAUAUCUGAAAGAUUCAAGGAGAAAACUCUUCAUCCUGUUUUAUUCUAGCCUUUUUUUGUGCAUUUUCAUGUGUAUGAAAUCGUACUGUAUAUUCAACUCUGUAUUUUCACUGACUUCAAAACAUUUACUUACAUUUUGUUUUAAAUGGAAAUUGGCUAUCUAUGAAACAGCACUCUGACUCCUCUGUAAAGUCCCUAGGAAGCCACAGGAAAAACACAAAACUUGAAACUCAAACUGGUAGAUAACCUAUUGCUCAAAUGUGGAAGAAUCAACUAUAGGGAAGGACAAUUCGAUUGCUUAUGACAUAAGAAAGCACUGCAUGACCCUUUAUCUGAGAUAGGAUGUCUCACGGAUGUUAUCUCUGUCAACCAGAAAAGUCAGGAACCAAGGGACCAUCUUUUGCAGGGGUGCUGCACUUUGAGGUUACCACGGUGCACUCUCACAACCCCCUCCCCAGGAUUCCACAUUGAUUCACAGCUUCAGACAACCACAUAACAAGAAGUCCAAUAUUUAAUGUCUCUAAGUAGGGUGUGAAAGAUGUCAGCAAAAGCUAAUAGAAGUGGAUCUUCAGGAAACUGAAGAUACUCCAUCUGUUCAGAAUUAGAGAUUUAAGCAGUAGACUGAUUUAUUCUCAGAACAGAGAGGUAACAGAGAAAUAGAACUAAACUCAGAUCUAUGUGCAAAACUGAACUAAUAACCUAAUUAUGGAAGAAGAGAGAAUUUGACCAUUGUAAAAUGGAGUAGAGUCAGCUGGAAUA